AUGAAAAAGAGUUGUUACUUGAAAGAGAUGGAUACUCUAUUUUUCGGCCUGACUCGCAUUGAUUUCUUAGAACUAGUUUAUAACUUUGCAAAAGCUAAUAAUAUUCAGAACCCAUUCAAGAACGGUAAGGCAGGUGAUGAUUCGUUUGCUCGCUUUAAGCUGAGACACCCUGAUAUUGUGCUGCGAUCAUCUGAGCCCACUUCUAUCGCAAGAGCAACAGGUUUUAAUAGACUACAGGUGGAACUAUUUUAUUCACUUUUGUGGGAGCAGAUCGAAAAGUUUAAUUUUGAUGCGUCAACGAUUUUCAACAUGGAUGAGACUGGCGUGAGGACCUCGACUUCCAAGCCAUCAAAGGUUUUAAGUACGAAAGGAAAAAAACAAGUUGGCGUUAUUAGUAGUGCUGAAAAAGGUCAAUUGACAAUUGUCAUAUGCUGUUGCAAUGCUGUUAGUACAUAUGUUCCGCCAUUUUUCAUUUUUGCGCGAAAGCGGAUGCAAGAACGGCUUUUAGAUGAUGCUUCUCCAGGUUCUAAAGCUGCUGUAAGCGAUAAUGGAUGGAUAAAUGGAGAAAUUUUCUCUUUAUGA